AUAACAAGUUAGUGCGCUGAUCAGUUCGCUCUUUGACAUCAAGUCGUUUAAACGAUGAACAAGUCAGUUUUGUUUUGUGCAUUUGUGAUGUUAAUUGCUGCAGCAACAGCACAGUGGAAUGGACAACCUGGAUAUCCACCAUUCCCACAACCACCUAAUAUUAAUGACUUGUGUAAUCGACCUGGAGCAAAUUGCAACGUUCAAAGUCGUUUUGCUGAGGAAUCGUCUUACACCGAUCAUCGUGGAAAUUCUCAAAAGUUUUCGAGAGUUUGUGAUGAUAAGGGAUGUUAUGAACGCAAAUUGACAAACGAUUCAUCCUCAAUGUCAGUCAGCUUUAUUCUGAUUUCAACAGCAGCCAUAAUUGCCGUAAUGAAGAGUUUGAUUCACUAGAGUUUGGUAGCUAGACAAUGCCAAUAGUUUCUAAUAUAAAAUAAGACAAAAGA